AUGCACGAACCUACUAUGGGGUUUUCAGUGGAUCAGGAAAGAAUGAAAGCUGCGGAGGCUCUAAUGCUGCUAGCAAGGGAAAGCCGCCCUUUAAUCAACACCGCGCAAGGUCAUCAUGCUGUACUGCUAACGACCAAUACAACAACAGCCCCGGAUCUCACAAUGAAUUGGUCAAUGCUUCCAACUCAUUUCGACUAUACUCAAGUUCCAGCAUAUCCUACGCCGGUAAACCCCAAAAAAGAAUCAUGGGCCGAACCUUCCCAAGAGGCCGAUCCUCAGAGACACAAGCGAAACUGGCAUGGAAGGACACUCUGGACAGAAGACGAGAUUAGUAUUUUAUUUGAACGAUGGGUACAGGGAUUCACAUAUCACCGGAUUAGUACUGAAUCCUUUCCCUAUCGUUCUUCCGCAUCUUGCACAUUGAAGAUAGCCGCAUUGAAGAAGGCAGGUAGAAUUGUUCAUGACGAACAAGCCGCUCACGGAUACAUCUUGCUCGAUAAAGAUUAUGGAGUUGCAGUGAUUAUGGAUUCAAGAAAAGUAUAA